UAGCUGUUCGCGAACCGCGAAAGAAUCCAGAGAAGAAGAAGAAUGUUGUGCUGCUUAUGUGAUACUCUUCGUUCAUCCAGCGCCUAAAACAAAGCAGCCAAUGACUACAGUUGCAGUACUUGGAGGGGGGAUUGGGGGUUUGGCAGCAUCCUACUACCUAUGCAAGAGCACCCAGGUUACCAAGGUAAUUGUUCUUGAGUCCAGCAGUCGCUUCGGAGGUUGGCUGAGCUCCACCAGGAGGUCGGAUGGCGCCGUGUUUGAACAUGGACCCAGAGGGAUCCGACCUGCGGGGGCAGUGGGACGCAACACCCUCAAUAUGGUCGAUGAUCUGGGUCUCGGCGGGGAAAUUCUGCCGGUCGACUACAGUCAUGUCGCCUCUAAGAACAGAUAUGUGUACUUGAACAAACAGCUGCACAGGAUGCCUUCAGGGAUAAGUGGACUUCUGCGCACUGUGCCCCCUUUCUCUCGUCCCCUACUGUUGAACGUUGCCAAGGAGAUACUAGUGAGGAAAGGCAAGGAGGAUGACGAGUCCAUCCAUUCAUUUGUUUCUCGGAGGCUUGGAAAGGAGCUGGCAGACAUAGCUGUGGACAGUUUGUGUCGGGGUGUGUUUGCGGGUGACUGCAGGAAGUUGAGCGUGCGUUCUUGCUUCCCUGUCUUGUUCAAUGCAGAGCAGCGCAGAGGCUCUCUGACGCUGGGCAUGCUGCUGGGCUCAGGUCCCACUCCAGCGCUCCCCCCCGGCCCUCUGGCUCAGAGAUCCCAGACAGAGUCGUGGGCCCAGUGGUCUCUGCGCAGUGGGAUGCAGUCAUUCCCAGAAUCCCUCAGUGAGUUCCUCCAACAGAGCGGGAAAGUGCAGCUGCACAGAGACGCUGGCGUGCAGCACAUCACUCAUGCAGCCUCUGGGUGGAAGAUCGAAUUAGAGGAUGGAGUCAUUUCAGCUGACCACAUCAUCUCUGCAAUGCCUGCUAAAGGUAAUUUUUCUUACAUGAACACAGAAGAGAAUUCAUGAUAUGCCAGACCAGAGGUCGCGUUAACCGAAUAUAUUCCAUCUAUGACGGAAUUAUUUCGACAAUGACGGAAAAAUCUGAAAGCAGUCCAUCAUUUUGACGGAUUACAACAAACUCAGAACAGCGCCAAAGUUUCCCCCGCAGCAGGGCUCCGGUGUUAUGCCCUUAUGUCGUUUCCAGACCUGACUAUGCCGUACAAAUCAUUGAAAUGUCUGGGAGUGUAUGCUUUACGCUGUGAAGCGCUCCCGCGAGGUGCAGUGGGCAUGCACAACACGGCAUAAUAACACCGGCGCUAAUCCCCCCCCGUUGACAGUUCACGAG